GACUCGCUUCCCAAGUUUCUAGUCACUCCUAAUGCGAUAAUUUUGGUUUUUGGAGAUUAAACGUGUUCCGUGAUGGGAAAUUCAUCGUGUUGUCUGCGAACGAGGUCGUCGAGCGGAGAGGACAAAUCGUAUAAUAAUGAUGGACAGUAUAUUAGAACUAAUCAAGUGGAGUUCCAGUAUGUCAAUCAAGUGUUCCCUCGUGAUGAAACAUCGACAAACUUCCUUCCUCACAUAAGUGAACGAGAGGUAACAGAAGGAUACGAGGAAGAUCCAUCAACGAAUCCAACAGCUCGGCCAACAUUUAUGGAACGAAGUAAAAGUGAAAUGAAAUUAAAAGACAAUCGUCGUUCAUGUUAUAUGUUGGAUGCAUUGGCAGCUGGUGGUCAUCAUCCCGGAAUUUUACCCAGAAGCCUGCGUAAAUCAAGCAGCUGCAGUACUAUUUAUAUUGAUGAUUCAACAGUCAGUCAACCUCAUCUUAAGAAUACAAUAAAAUGCAUUUCUCUUGCAAUAUAUUAUCAUAUUUCAAAUCGUAAAAAUCGUGGACACGAGCGACUAAUGGAGAUUUUCGAAGAACGACUUCAUCCGAUUUUCAGAGAUCCUAUACCUCCAGAGCAAAUGACACGGGAUCCUGAUCAUCGGAAUAUUUAUCGGUUUGUCAGAAAUCUGUUUAGUUCUGCGCAGUUGACCGCCGAAUGUGCUAUUAUUACUUUGGUGUACAUCGAACGAUUGCUUAAUUACGCAGAAAUGGAUUUGUGUCCUUCAAAUUGGCGUCGGGUUGUACUCGGUUCAAUCAUGUUGGCAUCAAAAGUAUGGGAUGAUCAAGCUGUUUGGAAUGUUGAUUAUUGCCAAAUUCUUCGAGAUACAAAUGUUGACGAUAUGAACGAAUUAGAACGGCGGUUUUUGGAAUGUCUCGACUUUAAUAUUGAAGUUCCGUCGUCGGUGUAUGCCAAGUAUUAUUUCGAUCUUCGAACAUUGGCACUUGCAAAUGAUUUACAAUUACCAAUUCAACCGUUGUAUAAGGAGAGAGCGCAAAGAUUAGAGGCUUUGAGCCGUGUCUUCGAGGAUAAGAUUCAAUCAUCAUCGCUUCCAAAGCGUGCCCGGUCAGCUGAACAUCUUGUCUUUGAGCAUCCGGCUGUUCUCUCGUAGACAUUUUUUUUUCUAAUUUAAAUAUUUUGUUCAGUCAAUUUAUUGUAAUAUUUAUAAUUCUGUAGUUUCAAUGGAUUUGCCUUCUUUUUGAUUUCAAGAAUGUUAAAAGAGAAGGUAUUUCCAAAACCGCUACAGUUUAUUCUCGCAUGUAACUUAUUUCAACCUGCCCCAGUCAACCCCAAUGCAUAAUAAUUUGAAAACGCCAUAAUGUUUCUUUUGUAUGUCUUGUCAACUGUUAAUGUUUUUGCUUCUUCCUUUGCUAUUCUCUUAAUUAUUUCUCUGCACACUAUCGUUUUAUCUUGAAUACGGCUAAAUUCGUUUCCUUUGACAAACCCCAUCUUGUUUUCCUUCUCAAAUUGCUUGUAUUUUCAAAAAAAGAAGUUUGUUGGCUAUUUAAUUGACUCAAUACCUAUCUCAGAAAAUCUCAUUUUCUCUUUCUUUGUUUUCUUUCGAUCCCUCCAGUAUUACAAAAUAUCUGCAAAUACUUCUGUAUCACCAUGAUCAACCCAUGUCCUCUUUUGAAUAGAUACAUUUGAAUCGAUUACAGUAAAAUUGUUUU